GAUCUUAUCUCCAUUUGCUUCCAUCCUCUCUCCAACAACCACACAACAGCAACCACACAGGGGCGGGGAAGGAACGAGCAGCAGUACCCUGCUCUUUCACCAAUUUGGACAAGAUCAAAUCUGGGCGUUGUUGAGUUCCGUGUUCCCCCAACCUGCAAAAUAUUGCAGAGUCGCUGCUUCUCCCACUAGUGCGCGGCGUGGCCGGCAAGGCCGCAGAUGCACUUGUGGAGACCAUGACCCGCAUGUGCGGCCUCGACGAUGACCGCCGAAUGCUGGAGCGCUAUCUGCUAGCCGUCGAGUGCAAGCUGGCUAACGCCGAGGAGAGGAGCGAGACAAACGACUAUGUCAAGAGCUGGAUGAAGGAGCUCAAGUCUGUCGCCUACGAGGCCGACGACGUGCUCGAUGACUUCCAGUAUGAGGCACUGCGCCGUCAGUCUAUGAUUGGCAAGUCCACUAUCCGCAAGGUGCUCGGCUACAUGAUGCACCACAGCCCACUGCUCUUCCGUUUUGAAAUGAGCAAGAAACUCAAGAACGUACUCGAGAAGAUCAAUAAAUUGGUUGAGGAGAUGAACAAGUUUGGUCUGGAGAAUUCUAUACAUAGGGAGGAGCGGCAACAUUCUUGGCGGCAGACACACUCAAAACUGGACGACUCUAGCAAAAUAUUUGGAAGAGAUGAUGAUAAGGAAGUGAUGGUGAAGUUGCUGCUGGACCAGCAAAAUCAGCGGAAGGUGCAGGUGUUGCCCAUCUUUGGGAUGGGAGGUCUUGGCAAGACAACUCUUGCUAAGAUGUUGUAUAAUGACCAAGGGGUCCAGCAACAUUUCCAAUUGAAGAUGUGGCAUUGCGUGUCAGACAACUUUGAUGCAGUUGCUAUUGUCAAAUCCAUCAUUGAAUUGGCUACAAAUGGAAGUUGCGACCUGCCUGGCAGCAUUGAACUAUUGCAAAAGAGACUUGAACAAGUGAUUGGACAAAAAAGGUUUAUGCUCGUGCUUGAUGAUGUUUGGAAUGAAGAUGAGAGGAAGUGGGGGGACGUCCUGAAGCCUCUUUUGUGUUCUGUUGGAGGACCGGGGAGCGUAAUAGUCGUUACAACUCGAAGCCAGAAAGUGGCCACUAUAAUGCAAACCUUUCAACCCCAUAAGCUAGCAUGUCUGAGUGAACAAGAUUCAUGGGAAUUAUUUGCAAAGAAAGCAUAUAGCAACGGUGUAGAGCAGGAGCAAGCAGAGUUGGUCAGCAUUGGCAGACGUAUCGUCAACAAAUGUAGGGGGCUGCCUCUUGCUCUCAAGACAAUGGGUGGAUUGCUAAGUUCAUGUCAACAAGUACAACAAUGGAAGGCCAUCGAAGAAAGUAAUAUUAGGGGUAAUGUUAGAGGGAAAGAUGAGAUCAUGUCCAUCCUAAAGUUGAGCUAUACACACCUAUCAUCUGAAAUGAAGCAAUGUUUUGCAUUCUUUGCAAUUUUUCCCAAGGACUAUAAGAUGGACAAGGACAUGUUGAUCCAGCUAUGGAUGGCAAAUGGUUUUAUUCAAGAGAAGGGAACAAUGGAUUUAACACGGAAAGGAGAAUUCAUUUUCGAUGAGUUAGUUUGGAGGUCCUUCCUCCAAGAUAAGCAGGAGUGCACACACAAUUAUGCUACACACAGUUAUGUGACUAUUGACUGUAAAAUGCAUGAUUUGGCAAAAGAUGUCACAGAUGAAUGUGCAAGUAUAGAAGAAUUGACUCGGCAGAAAGCAUUGUUAAAAAAUGUUUGUCACGUGCAAAUGUCAGAGGCUGAUUUGGAACAAAUUAAUGGGUUAUGCAAAGGCAGGACAAACCUCCGCACUUUGAUAGCUCCUUCAGAAUCACACAAGGGUUUUAAAGAGUUGCUACAGGCAUCGGCAUCACUAAGAGCAUUGGAUUGCUCCCCUUCUUUAGUUUCCAAUUGCAAGGCCAUAAAUGCGAAACAUCUACGAUAUCUUCACCUCUCUUGGUCUAACAUCACUAAGUUGCCAGAAUCAAUAUGUGUGAUGCAUAACCUGCAAACAUUGAGCCUCAUACAUUGUCAUAUGUUGCAGCAGUUACCAGAAGACAUGUCAGGAUUGAGAAAGCUCAUCCACCUAUUUCUCUGUAGUAGUGCUCAUCUCAAAAGUAUGUCUCCAAACUUUGGUGUACUAAAGAACCUUCAUAUAUUAACAAAAUUUGUUGUGGAUACUGGAGAAGGCCUUGGAAUAGAGCAGCUCAAAGGCUUGCAACACCUUAGCAAUAGGUUGGAACUAUUUAAUUUGAGCAAGAUAAGAAGUGGGGAAAAUGCAAAAGAAGCCAAUCUCAAUCAGAAGCAAAAUCUAAGUGAGUUGUUGUUCUCUUGGGGCCAGGAAAUAGAUGACGAGUCUAAGGAUAUGGCAUGUAAUGUGGAAGAAGUACUUCAGGGUUUAGAACCUCAUAGUAAUAUCAAAAAGUUGGAGAGACGUGGGUAUGGUGGCCUAGAAAUAUCACAAUGGAUGAGAAAACCUGAGAUGUUUAACUACUUGAGAGAACUCAAAAUAUCUGACUGCCCAAAAUGCAAGAGUAUCCCUGUAAUAUGGCUCUCAAUCUCUCUAGAGAUUUUGGCCUUACAGAAGAUGGAUAACCUGACAACAUUAUGUAAUAAGUUUGAUGUGGAAGCUGGAGGAUGCAUUACCCCUCUGCAUAUUUUUUCAAGUUUGAAAAGGAUGAGGUUGAGUAAGUUACCAAGCCUGGAGAUAUUGGCCGAAAAUAGUGUGGAAAAGCCUCAUAUGUUUAACUGUUUGGAAGAACUCGAAAUGUCCGAGUGCCCAAGAUGCAAGUGUAUACCUGUCAUAUGGUGCUCGGUCUCUCUGGAGAAUUUGUCCUUAGAGAGGAUGGAUGAUCUGACCACAUUAUGUAAUAACGUUGAUGUGGAAGCCGGAGGAUGCAUUACCCCUAUGCAAGUUUUCCCAAAGCUGAAGAAGAUGAGGUUAAUUGAGUUACCAAGACUGGAGAUAUGGGCAGAAAAUAAUGCGGGGGAGCCUAGUGAUAACCUGGUAAUGUUCCCGAUGCUUGAAGAGCUAACGAUCAAAAAGUGCCCGAAGCUUGCAAGUAUUCCAGUGGUCCCCAUCAUCAACAACUUACAAAUAGUUGGAGUUCACAGUAUUGUAGUUGGUUUAGUUUUUAAGGGCAUCCGUUUGGGCUCCUGGCCAUUUCUAGUCAUCUUAACUCUUGGGUAUCUGGAAGACAUAUCCAUGUUGCCUCUAGGCGCCCAGCAAAGCCAAAGUGAAAGACCUCUUGAAAAACUUAAGUAUUUGGAUCUGCAAGGCCCCAACAGCUUGGUCAGAAGCUGCCUAUUGUCCAGAUCACAACUUAUGCUUCGGAAAUGUUUUCCGUUCGUGGAGCAUUUGACGAUUAGCGGUUGCAGCAAUCUUGUCCGCUGGGCAACAGAGGAGUUCCGGUGCUUGGAUCGUCUCCGGUCUCUGUGUAUUGCGAAUUGUGAAAACCUGGAGGGUAACACUUCAUCAUCUGAGAAGGAGACCCUUCCGCUGUCCCUGGAGGUAUUGGUGGUUCUAGUCUGCCGCAGACUUGUUGCACUGCCUGAAGGGAUAUGUGGCGUCACUUCUCUUAGGGAAUUGAAGAUUUGGCAUUGUCCAGCAAUGGAGGAAUUCCCGCAUGGUCUCCUGGAGCGGUUGCCAGCCCUCAAAGUCUUGCGCAUAGAUGGCUGCCCGGAGCUGGGAAGACGAUGUAGAAAAGGUGGGGAGUAUUUCCACUUGAUCUCCUGGCUCGGUCAUUAGUGGAUAAGCACCACGAUGUAGUAGUGGCCGGGAGUUCAGGCUAGUCAGUGCUGCGUGGAGUUGUCGCUGGGUGUGUGUGCACAGGGUAUAAAAAGCCCAUCUCUUUGUACUGAUCGUUGCGCCGGUUUGUUGCCACGCCAUGGUGACGGUAUGUGCCGAGCCGAGGGGGAGGGGCCUAAGGAAGAUGUAGUCUCCGUCGGGAUCGUGGUACGCGCCCGAUCGACGUGAGAGUUCUUCCGGGGUUGUGCUGCGUGUGUGCGUGUGUACCUUCAUGUAUGUGUUUGAGUAGUUGAGUUGAAUAAAGCCAAGAUACAGGCGUUCAUCCGCCGCAGCGUUCGUCGCUGGAAAAAGUCAUGGUGUCUUCUUCGUCUACCUCUGCCCGGCGUUCGUCGUCAUUGGGUUUGUCCCAACAUUGGUGGCUUUGACGCUGGGGCAUGAAGGAGAGGGGGCGAGACUUGCAUGCUCUGACGGAGACGAGAGGAAGGAGGAGAGGUGGAGUUGGAUGCGCAGCGUGGGCAGCAGAGGUCCAAUGGAACAACCAGCAGCAGGGGGUGUGUUCGAAGCUGAGGUGCUUAAUUACACCCCACGUCUUUACCUUCUCAUGGAUUCGACAACUCUUUUAU